GAUUCCUUCGUGCAAUCAGUUUACCCUCCUUUAUUACAAUCCAAAACUACUCACUAAUCCAUUUCAGAUGAUGCGUCGUGUAAUUACUCAGCCCAUCACCCGUUGCGUGGCCAGGGUUUCCUCCACUGCCCUCACAGUCUACCCACGCCAGGCCUCCACGGUAGCAGUUUCCGUGCAGGGACUACACUACGUCGGCACUGGCCUUGCUGCUAUCGCAUUGGCAGGUGUUGGCAUGGGUAUCGGAACCAUCUUCGGAUCACUGUUGUUGGCCUGCGCGCGCCAGCCGAAUCUAACGAAAUUGCUCUUCAACUAUGCUAUUUUGGGCUUCGCCUUGACCGAGGCUAUCGGCCUGUUCGCACUGAUGCUUGCCUUCCUCAUGCUGUUCUCAUAGAGAAUGCAGGGAAGAGUAAGGGUUUCCAGUGUGUGUGUGUGUAUUGAGAGGGAGGGGGCAGUCUUUUCCCACUCUCUUAAUGUGCUCAUUUAUCGACUAGUUAUAAGAAAGUAAGUUAUGCUCUAGCCAGCGUGGUGGUUUUAGUUGAGAUUAAACGAAGAAUGGAAUAGUACUUCUUAUCGAUGGUUAGAAAGCAACAUCAGUAAAGUGAAAUAGAAAAGGCGUAUGAUGUAAUGUCACAUAAUUAUCAGUACAUUAUUGUUGUUUAGUAGGAAUCACUUGUCGUAACGGGAAUAUAUUUCUGUGGGUGUUUUAUUUUACU